UCACGGCGAGGACAAAGCAAGAUGGCGUCUGACGGUGAAGACGUUAUUGCAGUCGUCACAGUUCAGUGUUCUUAAUCUGUGCCUCCAUGUACACAUAUAUGUCCUUUAUUAGACUCUUGUAAAUAGGGUAAACAUCGUUAAUAACUGUUUGCAUCCGGUUAUAUUAGUCUGAGCGCACUUUGAUGCUUCUCGAGCUAGCUUAGCUUGCUAGUUAGCUUAGCUUGUUAGCUGCUAACAAAGAGAGGCGGAAGUGAUCAAAACACAUCACUAAGUAGAGAUCAAGUGUGAGUGUAAAGUGUUGUGAUUGUGUGAAAAUGUGCCAAAGAACCACAGCAGAGUACGAGGAGGAACUUUGUCCAACAAAAGAGGAGAAGGAGCGACAACAUGAAAAACAUCAAGUUGUGUUACACAGAACAGACAUCCAUCAGCUGAUUGGACACCAAGAAGAAUGUCUCCCUCAUCUGCAGGGGGACAGUUUCACUUUAGAGUAUCCACAUUCCUCACAUUUUAAAGGGGACAAGGAGUAUCCACAGCCCCCCUAUUUUAAAGCGGAAGAGAGGGGAGAUUUUCCUGUAGGGCAGGAGGAGGCUGAUGUCAGCAAGUUUCCACUGACUGUUGUCUCUGUGAAGACUGAAGAGCAUGAAGACAAACCACCUGAGUCCUCACAGCUUCAUCACAGUCCAAACGUUGAAGAAGAACCUCUACCCCAUGAGCAGGAGAAGGAACCACAGUCCCCCAACAUACGCGAGAAAGAAGAGGUACCACAUUCCCAGCACAGCAAAGAGGGAGGAGAGGAGCCACAUCCCCCCCACAUUAAAGAGGAAGGCAAGACGCCACAGACCCAUAAUGUUAAACUGACCCUUCACAUUAAAGGGCAAGCGGAGGACCCACUGAUCUUACACAUCAAAAAUGAAGAGGUGGACCCACUGACCCCUCACUUUAAGGAGCAAGAGAACCUGCUGACCGCUCACAUUAAAAAGGAAGAGGAGGACCCACUGACCCCCUACUUUAAAGAGGAAGAGGAGGACCAAGAGGCGCCGCACAUUAAAGAGGAAGAGGAGGACCAAGAGGUGCCGCACAUUAAAGAGGAAGAGGAGGACCAAGAGCCGCCGCACAUUAAAGAGGAAGAGGAGGAAGAGGGCAUCAGUCAGCCUAAAUGGUUGGAGGAGUUCCCAGUGACUGGUGUCCCUGUGAAGAGUGAAGAUGAUGAGGUGAAAGGUGAAAGUGAGGAGAGGGGAGGGGGGGAGCCUCCAAGCAGCAGCUCAACACAACACAUGACAACAGAAGCUGAUGGAGACCACUGUGGAGGAUCACAAGCAGACAAGCUCUUAGCUCCACUAUCAGAUAGUGAGGACACAACGUCACACUCUCCUGACACUGAUGAUGAAGACUCUAAAGAUGAUAAGACAUGUCACACUGACAACACUCACUUCACAUGUUCUCACUGUCACAAAACCUUUAAAUACCAUUGUCGUCUGAAAAGACACAUGAGAACACACACUGGAGAAAAACCUUUCUCUUGUUCAAUCUGUAGUAAAGGUUAUGCACAAAGUCAGAAUUUGAAAAGACACAUGAAAACACACACUGGAGAAAACCUUUUUACCUGUUCAAUAUGUGGUAAAGGUUUUACAGAAAGUCAACAUUUGAAAGUACACAUGAGAACACACACUGGUGAAAAACCUUUUUCAUGUUCAACCUGUGGUAAAGGUUUUACAGAAAGUCAGAAAUUGAAAGUACACAUGAGAACACACACUGGUGAAAAGCCUUUUUUCUGUUCAACCUGUGGUAAAGGUUUUGCACAAAGUCAGGAUGUGAAAAGACACAUGAGAACACACACUGGUGAAAAAGCUUUUUCCUGUUCGAUCUGUGGUAAAGGUUUUACAAGAAGUACAGAUGUGAAAAGACACAUGAAAACACACACUGGUAAAAAAUCACAUUCCUGUUCAAUCUGCAACAGAAUCUUUUGUCGACGACCAAACCUUGUAGCACACAUGAGAAGACACCCAGGAGAGAAAGUGUUGAGUUGCAGUGUGUGUGGUGAAAGAUUGUCUUCUAAGUAGCAGUGUAAGAAACACAAGUGUGCUGGUGAGAACAGCAGCAGCAAAUGAAACUGCAGGAUUUGAAAUAAACUGUCCAGACUUUCAUUUUGACUUUCUAACAACAUCAGCACAUAUAACAUGUGUGACAUUGUUGUUUGUCUAACAAUCUGUUUAAUAUGAUCUUUACAUUUAUAGAUUACAUAGUUUGAAAUAUAAAAUUAUUACUUAUUUGUACUUGUAAUUGUUAAUAAUCCAAUAGAUUAUCACCUUUAUAUGAUAUACAUAUGUACUGGUUCACAUCUGAAACAUCUUCUGGACCACUUCAGGAAGCAUAUUAUUAUUUACUUUAUACAUCAUUUAAACAGUUGUCUUUUAUACAAUUUUAAAAUGUGUGAUUUUAUGAAUCAUUUGUUGGGAAUCUGUAAUCCAUUUUAUUAUUAUCUUUAUUACUCUCUUUUGUAUUAUGAUAAUUGUGUUGUGAUUAUUUUAAAUGUAUGUCCCCAGACCUUUAUGCAAUAAAAAGUGAGAGAAAAUGUCUGAA